AUGGAGCAACCGAAAACAGGCGGGGAACUAUCCAAGAUCACUAGAUUACGCCUUUCUCCAAAUGGGGAAGUUUUACUAUCAGGAGCAUGUGAUGGCACUAUUGGACUAUGGGAUACGAAAGAUUGGAAUCUCCGGAAGACGAUCAAAGAUGCCACGACCAUCAAAGGUGAAACCGAUGAGUGCAGCUUCAUCACUUCAGUGGCGAUGUCCCCAGACGGGCUCAAAGUAGCGUCAUCUCAUGAUGAGGGAGUGAUCAGGAUAUGGGAUAUGUCCACGGGCACACCACAGCAUAGAAUUGACAGUGAUCCAGAGCUCUGUGCUGAUGUCUUUUUUGUAUUCUCCCCUGAUGGAAGGAUCCUAGCAGCAAGCUCCCGCUACCACUUGAUGGGCAACGGGAAACCACUCAGAGGGACCCAGAUUAUCAGGCUGUGGGAUACGGUGUCAUCUAAACACGUGCAAACCUUCAUGGGAUCCUACCAACCUUCCCUCUUAGCCAGGACAGUGAUCUUCUCACAUGAUGGGCAGAUGCUUGCUUUAUUGUUUGAGAAAGACUUCAAUAUCAUCAUCGAGCUUCGCGAGACAGCUACAGGCAUGCUCAAACAAACCUUCCUCUACCCUGUUGCCCAAUAUGAAUGGAUUGACUCAUUUGCGUUUUCACCUGACGGCAAGGGCUUGGAAUUAAGCUUCACGGCCGAGCUUACCAUUCUUUACCAACCACUUGGUGGUGAUUUUGAAUCUCCAAAUUCAGGCUUGACAAAGACAUACAACUCCCCCAUUCGUCUGUCGCGAUCAGAUCGGUGGAUUACCUUGGGGGGUGAGCGCAUACUUUGGCUCCCUACCGAGUACGGGUUCAUCGGUCGCCGAUUCGUGGUUAAAGGCUCGACGAUCGCUUUUUUUCUCAUGAAUGGACAUACUCCGAUUAUAGGAUUUAAUGUCGAUGGUGCAAAAUCACAUGAAAAUGGGAGCAGCUAA